AUGGAUUCGCGAAGGGACUACGGAGACGAGAGAGGCGGCAGGGAUGGAAGAAGGUCGGGGUAUGAGCCCUCGUACCACAGCGAAGACGGGCGGAGACAGCGCGAGAGGGACGCGAGAGACAGAGGAGACAGGAGAGACGACACCCGAGGGAGAAGUUCUCGAGACGCGAGAGACCGAGACAGCUACUAUCGCUCUUCUGACAGGGACAGAGACCGCGGCCGCUUCGGAAGAGACGACUACCACGAGAGCCUCCGCGAUCGAGAACGAGACAGAGGCAGCCGCACAGACAGUUCGUACCACGGAAGCGCGCCAUUUCGCGGACACGCAGGCGGCUCGAGCGGCUACGGUCAUUCGGGUUCGUCUUCCUACGUGCACGGGCGGGGCUCCUCUCGGAGUCGCUCGAGGGAGCGAGAGGGGAGAAACGCAUUUUCGUCUGCGCCGCAUUCCUCCUCUUCGGGCCACGCGAACGGCGCGAAGGACCGAAGAGGGAGAGGCCGGGAAGAAGAGAGGGAGAGAAGCCGAAGAAGCCGGGACAGCAGCAUGGACGCGAGCGACGCGAGCGAAGAGGAGGAUCUGACCGAGGAGCAACUGAUGCAGAAAUUGAUGGGGAUUGAAGGCUUCGCCUCAUCCAAAGGGCGAGACCACACCGCGUCGAGCAUGUCCGGGGUGAACAAGAAAACCAAGCGCAAGUUCAGGCAGUACAUGAACAGAAAGGGAGGUUUCAACCGUCCCCUCUCGCCCGUGUUCUAG